AUGGAGACAAAAGCACUACAUUCGUCAACGACCCCAGAGUCACCACCUUCUUUGUCUAUCUCUAAUAAGCCAAACAAACUAUUGGCAGCUAAACUUAGCAAAAUACUCUACUUAUCAGCGUCAGAAGAUACAAAAAUAAAAUCAGCAUUGACUUCGCUAUCAAAUAUACCCGAUCUAGAUGAGACGAGCCUUCGACAUAAUUUACGAGGAACUCUUGAGACCAAAGAGGUCAACACAAAUAGGAGAUUUCUAUGCGCUUUUGAGAACGUGAUUAAGUCCUUCGAGUAUCUAGAAACGCAUGUGGGACAGAUGGAGAACGACUGCAAAGAAAUGAAAAAACGGCUUCAAAAAGUAGAGUUGCAAACAGCGAAUAUGAUUGAGCAAUCAUAUAACAUGCAAGAACGCAGUGCUUCAUACACCACACAGAUCCAUGUAGCAGAUACAUUCCUACAAAAGUUUACGUUGAGUGAGCAGGAAGUCAAAACACUCAAUAGCUCUUCUGAGCCUAUCGACGCCAGCUUUUUUGACGCACUGGAGCAUCUACAACAAAUACAUACUGACUGUCAGCUACUUUUGACAACGAAAAAUCAAACAGCAGGGCGUGAUAUUAUGCAAUCAUUGUCCCAAUGUCAGGAAAACGCAUAUGAUAGACUAUACAAGUGGACACAGUAUGAGAGCAGAAAAGCUUUCAGUGGCGAUAGUAUAGAUGUUACAUCACUACUGCCUAAGGCUCUGAGAGCUCUUAUGUUAAGGCCCGUAUUAUUUCAAACCAUCCUUGAUGAAAUUGCAUCAGCCAGACAUGAUUCUGUGGCUCGUGCUUUUAUGAACGCAUUAACGAGAGGCGGCCCUGGAGGUACACCGAGACCUAUUGAAUUGCAAGCUCCUGAUCCAUUAAGAUAUGUUGGUGAUAUGCUUGCUUGGAUUCAUCAAGCCUGCGCCUCCGAAAAAGAGAUGUUAGAGACUCUACUCACGAGAAAUGAAAGCAAAAAUGAAGAAAUGACGGAGACAACAUUAAAAAUAGCUGAUGCCAUAAUGGACUUAGUUGAUUGCGCUAUGGAAGGAACUUGUCGACCACUGAAAUCACGCAUGGAACAAGUUCUAGUUUUGCAACCAGGAGCAAUUACAUCGUAUAAGAUGGCCAAUUUGAUUCAGUUUUAUACCAUUACUCUGAGCAAACUGAUGAGAAAGAAUGCCACUUUGGAAAGAGUUCUUUAUGAGAUGACAGAGUUGGCAUACAAAUACUUUUUUAAGACGAUCAAUGCACAAGCCGAUAGACUGAUGCAAUCAGCUGAGCCCCCAAAUAGAAACUUAGCAGUAGCACCGACCAUAAGAGAAAUGACAGUACAAUUGAAAGAAAUAUUAGCAUCCUACGAUUCAUCGCUUAUCGUCACAACAAAUACUACCGAAGGAUUCCCAGAGUUUAAUUUUGCAGAAACUCUGGAUGCCAUUAUAGAACCUUUACUGAACACAUGCGAGCUGUCUGUAGCUAAAUUUAGCAAAAGUGACCAAGAAAUCUACAUGCUUAACUGCUUAUUCCAUAUCCAGAGCGUACUAUAUCCAUACGAGUUUACCGAGAAAAAAAGAGAAAGCAUUAACCAACGAAUGACAGACUUAUUAAACGAAAUUGCUAUUGAGGAGUAUAAUGAUUUGUUAAAGCAAGCUGGACUUACUGAGAUCAAAGAAACAAUCACUAAUAAGAAAUCUGAUGUACCACUAUCUUCUUUACCUCGCAUGGAUGUUAAGUCUAUCACAGAUGCAAUGGGUAAAUUUGACUCAUUCCUCGUCCUAAUUGGUGCUGAUAUUUCAACUCGUCUUGAAAAACUUUCCUCCACGCAACAUUGUCAGCAAGUGCAGUCCAUCGCCAUUCGUAAGUUAUUCGAUACAUACAUUGAAAUCAAUGAAGCAGUGAAAGACCCGAAGAAUGGCUAUGAGAACCCAGAUUCUAUCUUACCAAGGACUAUCGAGGAUAUGGAAGCAAUUUUUUCCUUUGCUUUAAGUUAAUAAGAUGAGCGACAAUUUUAUUAACUUCUGUACAUGUAUCAGCCAAACAUAUCCUUGUAUAAAGUUGUAAUUGCAUUAGAAGAACAUUAAUUAAAACUUAUUUU